AUGGCAAUUGACCAUGAUGUGGAAGAGUUGUUAAUCAUGGGAGAUUCGAAUCUGAUUAUCCAACAAGCUCAGGGAGAAUGGAAAACUCGAGAUGUCAAGCUUAUUCCGUACAUUCAUCAUUUUCACAAUGAGUUAGCUGAUGCACUCGCUACUUUGGCCUUGAUGUUGCCAUAUCCAGGCAAUCUCCACAUUGACCCGUUGGAAAACCAAAUCCGAGAAAGGCAUGGUUACUACAAUACGGUUGAGGUUGAACCAAAUGUUCAGCCAUGGUAUCAUGAUAUUAAGAGAUUUCUGAAGACAAAAGAAUAUCCCGAACAGGCCAAUGGAGACCAAAAGAGAACCAUUAGUCGGCUUGCAAGCGGUUUCUUCUUGAGUGGUGAGGUCUUGCUAUUACUAGAUGACUAUGGAAAAAGAAUGCUUCAGUUUUGUCCGGAAAUGUCAUCAGUAUCAGGUGCACGGUGA